GCUUCGGGGAGCCAGGGAUCGCAGACGAGCGACGGCGGGGGAGAGAGAAAGAUGGAGGUGCGGGCAGGGGAGAGACUCGCGUGGCUGCUGCUGUGCAGCCUCCUGUGCGUGGACUCGGUCCUCGGGAAAUACGUGAAGGGAAUCGUCAACACGAAAGAGGACUGGGUUUUCCUCACUCGCUUCUGCUUUCUCACCGACUUUGGACGUCUAGAUUUCCGGUUCCGCUAUCCAAAGUCUCGCUGCUGUCAGAAUAUAUUGCUUUACUUCGAUGACAGUUCUCAGUGGCCAGCUGUGUACAAGAGGCCUGAAAAGCAAAACUGUUACCAGAAGGAGGCGGUGCUGAGGCCCGAGAACAACCAGGUCAUCAACCUCACCACCAGCUACACCUGGUCCGGCUGUGUGGUGGAGGGAGACGGGGACGAGGAGGUUCUGAGCUGCGUGGGCGGACGCAGCUUCCGCUCGGUGAGGGAGAGAUGGUGGUACAUCGCUCUCAGCAAGUGUGGGGGCGAGGGCUUGCGGCUGGAGUACGAGAUGAAACUGACCAACGGACAGUCUUUCUGGACGCAGCAUUUCUCCGCAGAUGAGUUUGGAAUCCUGGAGACGGACAUCACAUUCCUGAUCAUAUUCUCCUUGGUGUUCAUCCUCUCGUGCUACUUUGCCUACAAUCUGAAGGGAAGACAGCUUCUUCACACAACCUACAAAAUGUUUAUGACGGCGGCAGGUGUGGAGGUGCUCAGCCUGUUGUUUCAUUGUGUCUACUGGGGCCUGUACGCCAGAGACGGAGUUGGCAACGGCAGCCUGAAACUACUCGGGAAAUUACUGUUCUCCGUCAGUUUCCUGGUGUUCCUGCUGAUGCUCAUAUUGUUGGGCAAAGGUUUCACUGUCACCAGGGCGAGGAUCAGUCACAGUGGGUCGGUGAAGUUGAGCAUUUACAUGACGGUCUACACAAUCACCUACGUCAUUCUCUUCAUCUACGAGGCAGAGUUCUUCGACCCAGGUGAAGUGCUGUACGCCUACGACAGCCCCGCGGGCUACGGGCUGAUGGGCCUGCAGCUGCUGGCCUACGUGUGGUUCUGCUACGCCGUGCUGGUCUCCCUGAAACGCUACCCGGAGAAACAGCCCUUCUACGUCCCCUUCUUCACCACCUACACACUAUGGUUUUUCGCGGUGCCUGUGAUGGCUCUGAUCGCCAACUAUGGGAUUCCUCGCUGGGCCCGGGAGAAGAUCGUCAACGGGAUUCAGCUCGGCAUCCACCUCUACGCUCACAUCGUCUUCCUUGUCAUCACACGCCCCUCGGCAGCCAAUAAGAACUUCCCCUAUCAUGUUCGGACGUCCCAGAUUGGGAUCCUGCUGUCCAGUCCGAAGGGGGGCGAGGGGGGAGAGAGUUUCCCCCAUCAUGCUUACGGAAACGGCUCCUUCGUGGGAGAUUCUCAACCGAACUUCACUGAGCUCUUCUCCAUCCAAUCGGAUCCAGUGAAGACGGUGGAAGAGACGGUGGCCUGUAAAGGACCCGAGGUGCCGAGGAACAGCGAGCAGAAGAUCAUCACCACUGCCGCUGACCUGACGUCCAUAUUGCCCCCGCCUCCGAUACCCCCCCGCCUGGCCGCACGCUCCCCCCCACUCCCUCCCCGGCUCCCCUCGUUCACCGAGUAUUUCAGCAUGCAGGGCGGAGGGGGGUUCGGAACCAAGGCGUGAGAUGGAGAGAAGGUCAGGAGAGAGUGGGGAAGAGGGGAGGCAUGGAGGGAGCGGACAGAAUGACAAUACAAAGGAAAAAGUGGAAAUCAAGGUUUCACUGUAAUGAUGACAGAAGGGAUCGUCCCAGAAAAAGUUUGGAGAUUGGAAGGAUGGAGGGAUGGAGAAGAGAGAUCCUGGGAGCCGUGAAUCCCUAAACGGUACCUUCUCACCUGUGAAUUGGAAUCCGCCGCUGGAGGAGUAAAGGCUGUGAGAAAGAGGAGUGCUGAGCUUGUUAAAGAAUAAAGAAGCAAUAAAUAUUUGAUGCAGACCAGUAAAAGGCACACAGGGAGAAAGAUGACAAAGUGGAUGUAGCCAGAGCGAUAGAAUGAUAGCUGUGCAAGAUGCGGAAAUGAACAAAAUUCUCGAAAUACUUUAUUCAAAGAUUCAUGAGGCGGAGAUGGUGUGUGCCUGGAAGGGUUUGUAAAUAGCUAAAAACCGGAGAGAGCAACCACUAUAUAGAGUUUUAUUCAAAAAAAUAAAGAAAGAAAAUAGGAAAUUUGUUUUCAUGGGAUUUUUCCACAUCAUUAAAUUCCAGUCGGUGCUGUGACCAUUGAAAACUCUCAUUCCACUCAAAUGAUCAUGUAAAAGAAAAGGAGCCUUUUUUUUUAUGUUUGGCAUAUUUUGAUAAAGCAUAGAUAUUUACUCUCAAUGGAGUUUGUCGGGUUCAUUUAAAUUCUAAUAUGCCUUUAAUAUUGCAGCUGGUUAUUCUGGUUUGAUAUGCUGAUGUGUAAAUGUAAAACGUCACGUUUACUGUGGGCACUUCUAGGUACUCGUAAAAACAAGCAUGUUUGUAUUGUAUUUCCUGUCCAUAAAGCUGAUAUAUGUAUCCCCCC